CUUGUGUGACGUCACUUUUAGUUGCCAACAACUCGCUUGGCGCUCAUCAGACUGGAAGAGUGCUUGUGUGUCAACGGUGUCCAACUCUGUGCUGCUUCUUCCCCGGCAUAAACAAACCAUGCUGUCUUUCGCUGUCAGACAACUCGCCCGGCCUCUGGGUCAGCGUACCCCAGCUCGCUUCUGCGUACGUGGACAACAGUCCCACGCCGCCAGCCGCACCGUUGACGACGAGCGGCCGUGGACUGGCCAAGAAAGUCUGGCUCAGGACGACCCAGAGAUGUGGGACCUCUUACUGAAGGAGAAGGACCGGCAGUGUCGCGGCUUGGAGCUUAUUGCUUCUGAGAAUUUCUGCAGUCGGGCUGCUCUGGAGGCUCAAGGCUCCUGUCUCAACAACAAAUACUCCGAAGGAUACCCGGGGAAAAGGUACUACGGCGGAGCAGAGGUGGUGGAUCAAAUUGAGCUCCUUUGUCAAAAGCGAGCCUUGGAUGCUUUUGAUUUGGACCCAGCAAAGUGGGGGGUCAACGUCCAGCCUUAUUCUGGCUCCCCGGCCAACUUUGCAGUCUACACCGCCAUGCUCAACCCCCACGACCGCAUCAUGGGCCUGGAUCUUCCUGAUGGAGGACAUCUGACUCAUGGCUACAUGUCAGAUGUGAAGAGGAUCUCCGCUACCUCCAUCUAUUUUGAGUCCAUGCCCUACAAGCUGAAUCCCCAGACGGGACUCAUCGACUACGACCAGAUGGAGAUGACAGCCAAGCUGUUCAGGCCCAAGCUCAUCAUCGCCGGCACCAGCGCCUACGCCCGCCUCAUUGACUACGCCCGCAUCAAGAAGCUGUGCACCGAUAUCAAGGCCUACAUGCUGGCUGACAUGGCUCACAUCAGUGGACUGGUGGCAGCCAAAGCCAUUCCUUCUCCAUUCCAAGACGCUGACCUGGUCACGUCUACCACCCACAAAUCCCUCAGAGGAGCCAGAGCUGGUCUCAUCUUCUACCGUAAGGGCGUCCGCAGUGUGGACAAGAAGGGGAAGGAAAUCUUGUACGACCUGGAGGACAAGAUCAACUUCUCGGUGUUCCCCUCCUUGCAGGGUGGACCUCACAACCACGCUAUUGCUGGCGUAGCUGUGGCACUCAGACAGGCUCAGUCUCCUAUGUUUAAGGACUAUAUUGCCCAAGUUCUAAAGAACUCUAAAGCCAUGGCUUCUGCUCUCCUCAGCAAAGGCUAUACCAUAGUAUCAGGGGGCACCGAUAACCACCUGGUUCUGGUGGAUCUGCGGCCCAAGGGCAUUGACGGCGCCCGAGCAGAAAGGGUACUGGAGCUGGUCUCAAUCACCGCCAACAAGAACACCUGCCCCGGGGACAAGAGCGCCCUGACUCCUGGAGGCCUCAGGCUGGGCGCUCCCGCUCUGACUUCUAGGCAGUUCAAAGAAGAGGAUUUUGUGCGAGUGGUGGAAUUAAUGGACGAGGGCUUCCAGAUUGCCUUCGAUGUGAAGAAAAAGACAGGAAAGCUCCAAGACUUCAAAAACUUCCUGCUUGAGGAUUCGGAGACGGUGGCCCGUAUUGCCGAACUACGCCAGCGCGUGGAAGGGUUUGCCAGACCAUUCCCCAUGCCGGGCUUCCACGACCAUUAAUGUCCUAACAUGCAGUUGUCAAUAGUCCGUUCUUGUAAAAAACAAAGAAAAAUACAAUUAAAAAAAAAAAAACAAGACCUCUUAUGUGGAGGAUCAACAAUAAAAUUGUGCAGGUUUUUAUAGAAAAUAACCCUUUUUUCUAUUUUUUUAAAAUUAUUAUUACUUAACAGGACCUGUCAACUCAAACACUGAUGAGUGGGAUUAAUUAUAUUUGUCCACGAGAAGUCUUAAUUUUUAGAAUCACCUUAACUAUUGUCAUGAUGUGGUUUGAUAUUUCAUGAGAGCCGAGAUGCAAAAUAAGCUGCUAAAGACACUUUUCUUGCAUGAGUAGAGUAAUAUAUAGUGUAAAUCAUUAUACAUGGCCCGCCAGAUCAUUUUACUUGGCCUGAAAUAACAAAAAAAUACCUUAUAUUUUCUUACAACAUUUUUUUUUUUUCCAUUUUGAAAGUAAAAAUAUAUGUACUGCAUGAAAUCGCAUACGGUUUUUGAACUAAUAGUAUCCAAUAUUGCAAAAUUGUUUUGGUCAAAAUAAAAGUUUAUACUUAAAUAUCUGCUUGACUUAUGAUUUCAAAGGACGUUAUCCAUCAAAAUUGUACACUAUAAAAGUUACAAUAUAUUUUACGUAACAAUUUACAGUUCACAGGAUAUUACUGUGUAUUGAAAAAACGACCACUGUUUUUAAACAGUAAAAAUUUGUCAAUUGAGCUGCCGGUUUUUCACUGUAAAAGUACUGUUGUUUUUACCGUAAAUCAGUGCCCAAAUCCCCCCCCAUCCCCCGCCACCACCUCUGCUGCUAUUAUAGAUACUUAAAUACUAUUGUAUUAUCAUUGGAAAAAAAAAAUCUGAAAAUUUCAAUUACAAAAAAUCUAUAUAAAUAAUUUGACUGACUUCAACCAUUUGAUAUUAAAAAAUAAAAUAUAUGAAAUUUUAUAUGAAUACAUCCCAGAGCAUAAUACUACCACCACCAUGCUUUUGAUCGUGACUGUAUAUGGAAUUAAAAGGCAGUUGCACAUGUAUUUAUUAUUCACUGUUACAAGUGGCUUUCUGAUGGCAGCCAUAACUACCAUGUGGUCCUCAGUGACAACAAGUUGGACACCUCUGGUAUAAAUAAUAUUAUAGGAUAAUGCAAGGGAAUGAAGCUGUGCCCUAUGGGUUAUUUAAGAGGAUUGUAUUUGUCCCCAAAAAAAACAUAUUUAACCCACAAAUCUGUGAAUAUGAUUUUUUUUUUUUUUAAUAAAAAAUUUCAUGAUGGCCCUCGUAACGAGAAACGUUGAAUACAAGACAACCUUAUAGAACCUUACUCAGUGUAUCUAAACAUGCUUUUUUUUUGUUGAAUAAAUCAUGCAUACAA